UUUGCUAGUUAUUGGUUGUUACCCCUCCAUUGUUCGGUAGAAUGUCUGAGAAGAAGGAUUCUGAUUCUGGUACUGUUUCUAGCCCUAAUUCUACUCCUGUUGGUAGCGUAUCAAGUGGUUCUUGGUCUCGCGAGAGGCGCCCUAUUACCUCCACACCAUUAAAUGGAGGCAAUUAUGUUCUUUGGGCUAAAGCUGUUGAGGUGUAUUAUAUGGGUCAAUCUGAGGACUCUUUUUUUUGACUGAUGAGCCUCCUGCUACUGCUGAACCUACAUAUAGGGCAUGGAAAGCUGUUGAUGCCCGUGUUCGUUCAGAAUUAUGGAAUAGCAUGACGGAACAGGUUGCUAGUACGCUGAUGUUCUGUGAUACAGCUAGAGAGGUGUGGACACAGGCACAGGAGUUGUAUUCAGGUGUCGACAAUCUCCGUCGCACAUAUGAUCUUCAUCAGUCUUUCUUUAAUAUAUCUCAGGGUGAUGAUUCUUUUGAGGAUUAUUAUGCUAAGUUUCGGCGCAUUUGUAAUGAAUUGGAUAUAUGUGAGCCACUUACUGCUGAUAUUCAGGUUAUACGGCGCCAUCGUGAACGUAUGAGGGUUACACGUUUUUUAUCCGGUGCAUCAUCCACUUUUGGCCUUGUGGGUAAUCAGAUUUUGGGAAAUCGUGACUUACCUCCACUCAGCGAGGUAUUCAGUCGUCUCCGACAGUCAUCGUCUAUUUCUGCACCGACUUCUGGUCGUUCUGCUUUGUCUUCCGCUAUUUCUGACAGCUCUGCUUUGUCUGUCAGCCAUGGUCGCGGUCGCAGUCGUGAUUCUGGAUUUAGUAGUCGUGGCCGCGAUUAUGGGGUGAGUGGUCGUGGCUUUGGCGGCCGUGAUUCUGGGUUUGGAGGUCGUGGUCGUGAUUCUGGAGGCCGUAGUUUUGGUCGUGGUCGUGGCUUUGGUGGCCGUGACUCUGGUUUUGAUAAUCGUGGGGGUCGCACAUCAGGGGGGGUGGCCGCGGUCGCGGCCGUGAUUCAAGAUUUUGCACUCAUUGUUGGGGAACAAAUCAUACGGUGGAGUUCUGUUAUAAUCUUCACGGCUUUCCCCAGGCUUAUCAGGCUACUAUCUCUCAGGAUACUGAACAGUUUACUCCAUCCUCUGCCGAUGUGGCUAUUUCAGCUGAGGAGUACCAACGUUUUUUGUCAUUUCAGGCUGCGACAGGAUCCUCUACUGCUACGCUCGCUCAGACCGGUUCAUCCGUUGCUUGUGUUGCCUCAUCUUCUUCCUUUCCUUGGGUUAUUGACUCAGGAGCCACAGAUCAUAUGACUGGAUCUCAAGACGGGGAGGAAGAUUGGUGGGGGCAUUGAGCGAGGUGGCUUAUAUUACUUGACUGUUUCUCAGCCUGUAGCUCUUCAGACAUCAGAGUCUCCAUACCAACAGCACUGUCGUCUUGGUCAUCCCUCUCUUCAGAGUUUGAAGCACCUUGUGCCCUUCUGUCGUUCCAUUAAUAAGUU